AUGAAGUUUGGUAAAACUUUCCCAAAUCACCAAGUCCCUGAAUGGUCUCACAAAUACGUCAAUUAUAAAGGUUUAAAAAAGACAAUCAAACAAAUUACCACAAUUCAAGCUUCCAUAUAUGAGGAAGAGAAUAAAACUGCCAAUUCCAAUCAAAGUGGUUCAGUUCCAAAGAAAAAAGGAAGUGGCUGGAACUCUGGUGAUAUUUACUUGAAUAACACCGACGUUAAGAAGCUACUUGCAUCAUUUUUCUUUGCUUUAGACAAGGAUAUUGAAAAGGUUGAUAGUUUUUACAACUCGCAGUUUUUGGAAUGUGAUCGCAGACUGCGUAAGUUGCUAUCUAGUGCCCAAUUUACCGAGAUUUCUUCCCAGCAUUCUUCACUUCGUAAUGAUAAUCGUUUAGGUCUUCCUAAUAAUUUGAAGAUAUCCAAAAACGCACAGCAUCACUAUGGACGUAAUGGAAUGUCCAAUAAUAACAGAAGCACGACGGGUUUUUCUGUAUCGGAUAUGAUUCCAUCCAGCUCAGCGGCUAUUUCAGAGGAUAUUGCGGAAAUAAUAAGCAUAUUGAUUGAACUUAGAUCUCAGUUUCGUAACCUCAAAUGGUAUGGAGAAUUGAACAGACGUGCCUUUACCAAGAUUUUGAAGAAGCUCGAUAAGAAGGUAGGAACUAAGCAGCAGCAUUCUUACUUAAAGGCUAGAAUCACGCCUUUAAGUUUUUCAAAUGACAGUGAUAUUGUUUCUCAUUUGAGCUUAAUAAAUGAGAUAUUAAACAGCAUUUCACCUCAUCGGAAGGGGGCACAAGGCGGUAAGGGAAAUGGUGAAAACUCUAUUGUUCCUAGAAGAGGUUCUUCGCCGGUUGAUGUUGUGUCGCAGUUAAUUGAGGUUGAUGAUGGUGUUGGCUUAGUGAAUGAGCUAAUAUCUGUUUAUCAGUCUACUGAUUAUAUACCCACGAGAGUAGGUGUUGCACUGUUAAACAAGGCAGCGUUGCUGAAGUCUUUCCGUUGUAUUGAUGAGUUAUUGGGGUGUAUUCCUACGCUGGGAGAUCCUUCCGAUAUUAGUUCACGUAACUUUUUUCACCAUCAUGUUAUUGCAUUGGGCCGGAAGGACAAAAAUGUGCUGAGCAACAAUAAUGACUUGAAUGUUUUGUUGUCGGAUUCUUUGGACCUCGAGGCUGCCAUUUCUCCUGCUUCUCAUUUGAGGUUGGUUGGUGCGUUUGGUCCGGAUGGUAUUAAUUCUAAAGACUGGCCCGAGUCUUUGGCUUAUGUCCUCGGAAAACUACCAGUGCAUUUGAGGACUUACCUACUGCAAAAAGACAACUAUAAGAGGACUCCUUUACAUUAUGCAGCUCAAUAUGGGCUAGUCGAAGUUACAGGAGUAAUUAUUUCCUUUCUAAAAGAGUGGGAUGUAUGGGAUCCAAAUAUCUCAAUUGAUGAUAUUGAGAUAUGGGGUGAUUCUGAGCAACUAACACCUUUGCAUCUUGCCGUUAUUGGGACACACCCUCAAACGAUCAAGAAAAUGUUAUCAUAUUUGAACCCUGGAGUGACAUUGACCACUCCUAGGUUGUUGCACUUAGCUACGCGGCUAAACUCGACUCAAUUGCUUGAGUCCCUUUUAUCAGCGAAGGGUUUUGAUAUUGAUUAUAAGGAUCCUGAUAAUUCAGAGACCGCGUUAUAUGUGGCUUGUAAGUUGGGCCUAUAUGAUGCUGCGAAGUACUUGAUUGAGAAAGGAGCUAACAUGGAGAUUAGUGAAAAACUUUUUGGAUGGACACCAAUCUUUGCUGCUGUGGUGGAAGGUUAUACUGAUAUUGUCCAAUUGCUUAUUUCUCAUUCCGCCAAGUAUGAACUAUUUGAUGAAAGCGGCUGGACUCCUAUGGAGCAUGCUGCACUACGUGGUCACCUGGCUAUUGCGGAAAUGGUCAGGGUUACCGAUAGUGAAACCGUUACGCACCCCAAAUUCGCAAGUAAUUGGAAUAACUUUACGAAAACAGACGAACGGGCCCCUAGGUCAAAAUCGAUUUGCAGAUCAGAAAAUGGAACUUCUUCUGAUGAUAGAGAGUCAUGUGCCUCAUCCAGUACCGCUAGUAUUCCUUACAAGUCUGCUAAAUCGUCAACAUCGACUGUUGAUAAGGUUCCGGAGUCCAAUCAUUCGAAUAACAAGAGAGUAAUAAAGAAGCAUUUGAAUACCACAAAAGUGCCUUCAAAAGAGAACAUUUCCGUCAAGUCUGUGAAGUCCUUUGGUCAUAACUACUUACAGAAAAACGAAUCUUUCAUAUUGAUUACGAUGGCAACUAAUGAUAAUAGGGUAAAGGAUCCACCUGUUUCUCUAAACACGGUUCCUCUUUCUAAUGCACCAUCAACCGAACUAGAUACUGCAUUAUCUUUGGAAAUAUCAUGUCCAGAGGAUUUGGACCAGCAACCAGUAGUGGUUGACCUACCACUUGACGAUAGCAAGGAACCAAUUAACUUUAAAGUUCCUUAUAGACCCGGCUCUACUACCUACACAAUAUAUUUUGAUAUUAUACCAACAUAUGGAGACUCGUCGGUUAACUUAUACAGUAGAGCUAACGAGGGAGGUAGAGGUACUAAUGUAACAUCUUACCUAGAUGAUGGUCCAUAUCAACACGAUGAUAGAAAAGAUACCGAUUAUCUAGACGAUAUCACUCCGGGUGAUGGAAGUAAUUCUCGCCAAUCUCCUAAGAAAAAGAUACUCGGCAGAGCGGUGGCAUUUUUGGACUCUAAACCGAAAAUGUAUGGUGUUAACAGAAGACCGAUUUCCGAGGAAGUCUCAAUCCCCAUCAUUGGCGGUGAAUCAAUGGAUGUAUUGGGAGUUCUUCGUUUUGACUUCUUAAUUGUUAAUCCAUUCUUUCAUGAUAAUGUAUCAUCAGAAGCUGGAGAUACGUACUGGAAAUCUCUUGUUUCCACCCGUGUCAUAGGUCACCGUGGUCUAGGUAAAAAUAUGAACUCCGAAAAGUCUCUACAGUUAGGUGAAAACACUGUUGAGUCUUUUAUUGCUGCAGCAUCGCUUGGUGCUUCAUAUGUGGAGUUUGACGUUCAGCUCACAAAGGAUGAUAUACCUGUUGUUUACCAUGACUUUUUGGUUGCUGAAUCAGGUGUUGAUAUUCCAAUGCAUGAAUUAACGUUAGAGCAGUUCAUGGAUUUGAACUCUAUGGGAAGAGACUCUUCUCUGUUAUCUCGUAAGGAUGCUCCAGGUACUGGCAACACGAACAGCACUCCCGCAAACCGCCGCAGGCUAUCGAUUGGUGAUGGUUCAUCUGAAGCACUGAAGAGAUCUGCCAUGAUGCGUGGUACGGAAGAGCCAACGCGUGAUCUUGGAGAAGUCUUUCAUGAUAGGAUGCGACUAACAAAAACCUUCAAGAAGCAUGCUUUCAAGGCCAACACUAGAGGACAUGCCAUCGCUUCGAGUUUUGUUACUUUGCAUGAACUUUUCAAGAAAAUACCAAAAAACGUCGGUUUCAAUAUUGAGUGCAAGUAUCCAAUGGUCGAUGAAGCUGAGGAGGAAGAAGUAAGUCCAAUAAAUGUGGAGUUAAACCACUGGGUUGAUACUGUUCUUGAAGUUGUAUUCGAAAAUGCUAAAGGUCGUGAUAUCAUAUUUUCUUCUUUUCAACCAAAUGUCUGUAUUAUGUUGUCACUUAAACAGCCUACCUAUCCUAUCCUAUUUUUGACUGAUGCUGGAGUUGCCACGAGAUGUGAUGCACGCGCUGCAUCGCUACAAAAUGCUAUUUUAUUCGCCCAUCGGUGGGAUCUUUUAGGUAUAGUUUCCGCUGCGGCCCCAAUUAAGAUUGCUCCAAGAUUGGCGCAGAUUGUUAAAUCCAAUGGACUUGUUUGUGUUACUUACGGUGCCGAAAAUAAUGACCCAGAGACUGCGCGGAUCCAGAUGGAUGCAGGGGUAGAUGCAGUUAUUGUAGACAGCGUUCUAGCCGUGCGCCGUGGGCUUACAAGGAACGCAGAAACUACGGAGAACGUCAAAGCAGAAGAAUAA